GCUGCUUUUAAACGAACUAUCUGUAAAACAACCAAGCAAGCCGCAACUCUCCAUCCAAUUUCCGAGCAGCCGCCACAGAAGGGAGAUCGGCAACGAAAUGUGGGCGACUGGGCUUUCCUCUGUGUUUGCGACUACACUCUGCUUCCCAACUCAAAACCCUAAUCGUGGAAGUAGAAACAGGAAGAAUUGCUGCUUCCCUUCUUCUCCUGCUUACUUUUAUCCGUCAACUGUACGUUACCAGGACCGUCUUUCCGCCUUCGGACCGUCUAUAUUCCCCUCCUUUUGCGACAGGUGUGGCCAUGGCCAGAUGCGAGUUCGAAGGUCGAGAACUCACAUCUUCCUCCCCCACCUCGUUGCCUCCAUGGAAGAGGUUGAGGAGACUUAUGUAAUGGUGAAACCUGAUGGUGUCCAGCGCGGUCUGGUUGGAGAUAUUAUUUCACGAUUUGAGAAGAAAGGAUUUUUGCUGAAAGGGCUAAAACUUUUCCAAUGUCCCAAGGAACUAGCAGAGGAGCAUUACAAAGAACUGAAGGACAAAAGUUUCUAUCCUAAGUUGAUAAACUACAUCACAUCUGGUCCGGUCGUGUGUAUGGCAUGGGAGGGUAUUGGAGUAGUUGCAUCAGCUCGGAAGCUUAUUGGAGCAACAAACCCGCUUCAAGCUGAUCCAGGAACUAUUCGGGGUGAUUUAGCUGUUCAGACUGGGAGAAAUGUUGUUCAUGGAAGUGACAGCCCUGAUAAUGGGCAUCGUGAAGUUGCUCUGUGGUUCAAGGAAGAUGAGUUGUGUGAGUGGGUGCCAGCUCUUGCACCUUGGCUUAAGGAGUGAUGGUGGGAAGACAAGACGGGUGAGCAUGCGUUUAUGGCUUCAGAAUCAACUGAAAAGGAAGCUGCGUGAUAAUGCCCUGAACAUCCCUUUUUUUUCAGUAAUUUAUUUUUUUUAUUUUAGAUUUUAUGUUUCAAACCAAUGUCAGAUGAUUUGUUAGAUUUUUUUUUCUUUUUCUUUUUGUUGAAGUUUGCUGGCAUUUUUGUUUUCCA